AUGCAUGGAGUGCACGGACUAAUUCCAAGAGGGAUCGAGAGAGAUUCCCAUGGGUCAGUUGUUUCUACGAUCCCUCGACAAGAUCUUAACUCUCGAGAUUUGAAUAGACACUCUAAACCGAAAAAGGUCAAACUAAGGUAUCAGAAAGAUCUUGUAAGAUACGUGGAAAUAUCG